UUAACAUAAUGGUCCUCAUUAUCAUUAAACACUUGUUUGUUUUUCUCCCCGUGAUUUUGCCAUAUUUAUUGUAGCUCUUCCAUCUCCCUAGUAAUUACAUCAUUUGGAAGCUAAGUAUGUGAAAACUUUUUUUUACAAUAAUUAUCACACACUUUGUUGGAUAAACUGAAGUCGUUCAGCUUAAAUAGGUGUUAUAUCAAGUGCCGAGAACAUUAGUAGUUUAAAUGUCAAUGUUAAUGACUAGAAUGUUCUCCAGGAAGGGGAAUGGAAAAUGAAAAAUUAUCGAGCAUAUAUGUGAGUGAUUAAAAAAAAUUUAAUGACCGAGGUAAAUGUUACGGGGGUAGAGUUCGCGAUAGUAGGAAGGAGAUCACAUUGUCUGUUGGGUGUGUCGCCAAUAUCUUUCAGGAGAGGUGGGGCAAUUCAUUGCGAAUCUCUAUAAAUUGAGCGAUUCGUUGUUGAGACAAGUCAUGCGGACGUUGUAUUUGCAACUAUCGUUGUCAUCAAUUGAAUAAAAAUCUCAUCGAAAAUGUUUUCUUUUAUUCUACACUUCGGCUGCCUGAUUACGCUCGUCCUGAGCGAACCUCAGUGGGGAUACGGUAGUCAGUAUGCAAGUCAUCAUGGUGCUGCACCGCUGGGAGCCGACGGCCGGGUCGUGGAUACUCCGGAAGUUCAGGCAGCAAAAGCUUCACAUUUGGCUGCUCUUGCUGAUGCCUCUGCUAGAGCUGGAAGUGCACCAUCGAGUUACACUUCGAAUGAAUGGAAUCGUGGAUGGAAUGGAUCACCAGCUCCUUAUGCUCCCGGCGCACACGGUCCCCCAGCUCCACUUGGCCCCGAUGGCCGAGUAGUUGAUACACCCGAGGUUGCUGCAGCCAAAGCUCAUCAUUUUUCCCUCUACAAUGCUGCCGCCCAGUAUGCACCAGCUGCUGGUGCUCCUAUCAGUGGUGGUCCUCCUCACGGUCAAUAUGACACCGGUGCAUACAAUCCAGCUUGGGACGGACCAGCGCAUGAUGGCUCAUGGAAUGCGCAUAAUUAUUGAAUUGUUUCAUCCAUUAUUCGUCAUUCAAAUACUUGGGUCUUGUUAAUUCCUCUACCUCAAAGGAAGAACCUACUGGUGCCUCCAAUCAGUGUGAUCUCGAUUUUAUAAUUUCUGAUUAAGUAUAAAUUACAUACGAAAAUUUUUCUCUAGUAAAUCAUCGUCAAAUUUAACAUUUCGCGCUUCCGCAUAUAUUUUAUUCUUUUUUUUUUCAUUCUUACAAUUGAAUAGCAACUCUGUAAAUUGAGAUAUUAUUCUGAUUCUGACCAACAAAUUGAAAAUAAAAUCAAUACACUUAUCUGAUUAUAAGAA